AUGUUAGAGACUCCCCCUAUUCAAGGGCAUAAUUCUAUGUGGUUUAAUGUGUUGAAGUCGCGGUACGGUGAUUUAUCCUCGAAAGUGAUGGGAGGGGAAACGGAAAAGAGAGUUUCUUGCUCAAUAUGGUGGAAGGACAUAUUAAGGUUAAAUAUUUCUUCUUCUCAAGAUCCUUUUGCUUCUUGCAUAAAUUUCAAAGUACAUAAUGAUUUUAACACCCUUUUUUGGGAAUCCAUUUGGUUGGAAGAUUCCGCCUUAAAAGAGUGUUUUCCGGCUUUGUACCAAGCUUCCCUUUUAAAGAAUGUGUCGGUGGCGGCUAUGGGUGGUUGGAUGGGGGGAGUGUGGCGUUGGAGUGAUUUUGGGUUAUCCGCGACUUUAGUGGAUAUGGCGGAUCAUAGGGAGGAGUUCUUGGAAUUGAAGAAUAGGGUGGAGGCUUUUAGAGAUUGGAAGAGUGAAAAAGAUUUGGCGUUUUGGUCCGGAAAUGUGGAUAGGAAUUUUUCGGUAGCUUCUUGCUAUGCUUUUUAUGAUAGGCUCCGUAUUCCGUUUGGUCCUCCGGUUAUUCAUGCGGAGGUGUUUGACUUUUUGUGGAAAAUGGAAAUACCUUUCAAGAUAAAAGCUUUCGGGUGGAGAAUCUUCCAUGAUAGACUUCCGACGAAAGAUCUUUUGGCAAUAAGAGGUAUGUCUUUUUCUUCGGAUGAUUCUAAGUGCAUUUUUUGUGGAUAUUGUUCGGAAAGUAGUAAUCAUAUAUUUUUUGGUUGUUUGGUGGUUAAAAAUAUUUGGAGGGAGAUAGCUUUUUGGGUGGGUAAAAGGGUUAAUAUAGAAGACGAGUGCCGGCCAAAUUUUAUGGAAUGGUACCAUUUUUUUCGUAGUCUAAAGGUAAAGGAUAGAAAGUCGAGUAGUGUUUGGUUAGCUACUACAUGGACUAUAUGGUUGAUUAGAAACGGGUCGUGUUUCCGGAAGGAGCCUUGGAAUGUGAACAACGCCGUUUGGAAUAUCAAACUCUUGGUGUGGAAAUGGUCGUUUUGCGGAAAAAUUACACAUCCCAAUUAUUCAUUCUAUGAGUUUAGUAUGAACCCUUUGUAUUAUCUCUCGUGA